AGUUGAAAAUGAAAACAAUAUUUUGCAUAAAGAUAAAUUGGAUGAGGCAAUUACUGCAAAGGAUCCUGCUUUGUGGGCUGAAAAUAUGUCCAAAGUAGAACGCGAUGCAGUUGUUCUUCAGGGGCCCCCUAAAAAUCCUUUAUCUUUUCCGAGAGACUCAAACAAGAUUAAGGUUCCUGAAUCAGUUUUCCACGAAAUAACUCGUAAUGGGGAGAAAAUAAACAGAGAUUGGCUUGUUUGGAGUUCAACUUCAAAAUCAUUUCUUUGCUUUCCGUGCUCACUUUUCGGAAGCAAACAAGCCUGCGGGGCUGGUAAUAAUUCACAUCUUCUACGUUGGAAUGGUGGCAUCAAUGGAAACUGGAGAAAGCUAGCUGAAAAAGUAAAAGCCCACCAAAACAAUCCUCACCAUCGAGACAAUUACAUUAAGUGGAAAACAGCGCUGGAAAGCUUGGGAAAUCAAUGUGGGAUUGAUUCAAGUUUAGAAAAAUUGAUAAGAAAUGAGGCAGCCAGGUGGCGUGAAAUUUUAAAGUGCAUUUUAGAUGUAAUUCUCUUCUUAGCAUCACGCAACCUUAGCUUCAGAGGCUCAUCAAAAAUGAUCGGUGAUGACGAUAACGGAAACUUUUUUGCAACUCUAGAGCUACUUGCAAAGCACAACAAGACUCUUCAGUUACAUCUAGAAGAGGUUUCUCGCUGCCAACAAGAAGGUAAACAAAUUAUUGCGCAUUAUUUGGGUUGGAGUUCUCAAAAUGAAUUUAUAAAAGAGUGCGGAAGAAUCUUCUACGGUGCCAUCAUUAAAGAGGCGCAUAUGGUAGUUAAGGAGCGCUUUCUUGGGGUCGAAAGUCUCGAUAAAAAGAAAGGUGUGGAUAUUGCUAAGCUAAUUAUAGAUCUGAAGAACUGUCGAGGUCAGGGAUAUGACAACGGUGCUAAUAUGUCUGGUGUGUACAAAGGAGUACAAGCGAUCAUUCUUCAGAGAAAUCCUCAAGCUUUCUACAUGCCAUGCAGCACUCAUAACCUUAAUUUAGCUGGUGUUCAUUCCCUUGAAUCUUCUGUAGAAAUGAAGAACUAUUUCGGUCGUAUUCAGUUACUCUACAAUCUUUUUAGUGGAAGCCCUAUACGAUGGAAAAUCUUGACCGAGACGACUGGUUUGUCUCUACAUCAAACUUCACAAACCCGAUGGAGUGCACGCAUUGAGGCUGUGAAGCCUUUGGUUAAGCGACCCAGAGAAAUUCUUUUAUCUUUGCAGAAACUUCGUGAUCUUGAUUUAACUGCUGAUCUAUUGAUUGACGUAAAAUCUUUAGAGAAAUGGAUUCAGUCAUUUGAGUUUAUUAUCAUGACAACCUUCUGGUUCAAAGCGCUGCAAGCAAUAAACUAUGUCAGCGUGUCAUUUCAAUCAGAAAACAUUACUUUAGAUGAUGAGAUGAAACUUAUGAAGAUUCUUAUUGAGGAUCUUACUAGACUUAGAUCUUCUUGGCCCGAAUUAAUUAAUGAAGCACAUUUAGUUGCCUCCGGUCUAGCUAGUUAUGGGUUUCAGUCAAAACUAGUUCAAAAAAGGACAAGAAAGAGGAAAACUUUUUACGAAGAAACAAGGAACGAAGUUCAUUUCUUAGAAAACGAUGAAAAACAGUUUGAGGUGAAUGUAUUCAACACCGCUCUCGAUACAUUAAUUCAACAAAUAAAAGACAGAUUUCAAGCUGCAGAAAAGACAACUAACAGUUUUUCUUUUCUAUGGCUCUCAGAAUUUAAUAGUAGGUCGAGUGAAGGAAAAGAAAUUGAACAACCUAGCCUGGAGGAAAAAUGUAAAACUUUGGCGCAAAUGUAUGUGAACGAUGUAGAUGAAGACAAACUUAUUUUAGAGGUCCGUCAUCUGGAUACUCUAAAGCGUGCCAAUCUUUUCGGUCCAAAAGAAUAUCUCACUUCAAUGAAACUAUUAAAUGGAAUUUAUCAAAAAGGUCUAGAGUCUAUCUUCGAAUCAACAUGCAUUUUAUUACGUAUUUUUAACACAAUUCCCGUUUCCAUCGCCGAAGGAGAGCGGUCUUUCAGCAAGCUUGGUCUAGUCAAGACAACACUAAGAUCUACAAUGAGUCAAGACCGGCUUACCAAUCUCUUAGUUAUAUCUAUUGAGCACGAUCUAGCAAAAAGUCUGUGCUACGACGAGGUCAUUGAAAAUUUUGCUUUAAAUAAAGCACGGAGAGUCAAAUUCUUAUAA